CUGAUGCAAACCGCUGAGUAACACACGAAGAAGAACGAAGACAGGGAUCCGGAAGUGUCAACCGACUGACUGCAAACCCAAAGUGGUUGUCUUCAAUAACAUCUCCACUUUGUGAUUCAUGAUGGAGUGCUGAUUUGAAGGACGAAACAGUAAUACAUCAUCGUCACAGAGCAAACAGCGAAUAUGACAAAUGUGUACUCUUUCGAUGGCAUCCUGGUGUUUGGGCUGCUGUUCAUCUGCACUUGUGCGUACCUCAAAAAGGUCCCUCGCAUCAACAGCUGGCUGCUGUCAGAGAAGAAAGGAGUUUGGGGAGUCUUCUACAAAGCUGCGAUAAUUGGGACGCGGCUUCACAUCGCUGUGGCUGUUUCCUGUAUGGCCAUGGCUUUCUACAUUGUCUUUUUAAAAUGAUAGAGUGAGACUUGAAUGGAGAAGACUGGACGGCUGCUGGCUGGAGAUGGACUGAUCUCUGUGGUCAUGUGCUAAUCCCUGUCGUGGGACACCUCCUGGAUUUCAUAACCGAUGAAACCCUAUGGCCCUGGAGGGUGGACCCAUGUGAAAGACUAGCCAGUGCUGCCCCCCUCUGGUGACUGGGUAUAUGACUUCUCCCUAAGUGAUGCGUGUGCACUACAGACAAGAAGGGCAUCCUGAACAUAACCCACAGGGAGCCUGUUGGGUCACAUAAUCAUUCUGUUGUACCGUAACACUGUUUGUUGUCUCCAUCCACAACCCCAUGAAUAUUUAUAGUGAAGGAGGAUGCAGAUAAUAAAAGAGCAGUGUGUGCACAAUGAGUUAAACCUGUAUACAACCUGACGUUAGCCUAGCUGUAUAUAUUUGGAAUAAGACCAAUAGAGAUUUCACAGAGGAUCAAACUGAAACCAGUUACUUCUGCUUGCUCCAAACUGUGCUGUUUUUUCCUGUAUGACUGUGUCUGUCCAAGGUGGAGGGGAAAGUAAACAAAGCUAAUAUAUGAAGGUGUUUGUGUGUACACUAUUUUUUUUCAGUUUUUACAUUUUUUUAACAGCUUUUUUUUUGGCAUUUCUUAAACUUUGUUUUGGGUUUGAAAUACACAUUUUGCACAGGUGUAUGUUGUAUUUACUUUGAUAUCUUAAUUGUGAUAUCAUGUUUCAUACACCACAAGUUGUUACAAAUUGAACUGUAAGUCAUUUGGGAGUCAAAGUCACAAUUGUAGAGUGUCCAAAGAAGGAUAACUACAUCAAUUUAUUGUGAAAGCUAUAUCAGACUUAUCCCACAAUUAGAAUGUCAUGCCAAAUCCUUCUCAUGCAAUCUCAAUUACAUUCUGUAUUUUUUGAUUCAGUUAUGCCACCUUGUUUUUUUUUUUCAUUUUUAAAGGAAGUAAUUUGUGUUGGGGGAAGGGAUGCAAUGCAAUUUAAAGUAAAAGAUUAAUCCAAAA